GGGAAGAAAGUCCAUCUCCAAUCCCCGCCCACCUAACUGGCCGCCUCAACACAACACAACACAACACAAGCGCUUCUUUUUUGGGUCACGUGACAUCGGGAAAAAAUGGGAGCAAGAAGAAGGCGGAUAAAAGAUGGACCCACUGCGACGACUUGCUCCAGAACAAACAUCUUUGCUUAGCGGGGGGAUUUUGAAAAUGGCCUAAAAGAUGAGCUACGACAUGUGGACGUUUGGAAAUGAAUGAGCUUGCAGCGGCGAUGGAAACAAGAGACCACGUACAUAUGAUUUAAUCAUCCGCCGAGGAAGCGUGAAGAUGAAGCUGAACGAACGCAGCGUGGCCCACUACGCCACGUGCGACUCGCCGCCCGACAAGACGGGCUUCCUGUUCAAGAAGGGAGAGCGCAACACGGCGUACCACCGCCGCUGGUUCGUCCUCAAGGGCAACAUGCUCUUCUACUUCGAGGAGCGCGACGGCCGCGAGCCCAUCGGCGUCAUCAUUCUGGAGGGCUGCACCGUGGAGCUGUGCGAGUCGGCCGAGGAGUUCGCCUUUGCCGUCAAGUUCGACUGCGCACGGGCUCGCGUGUACAAGAUGGCAGCCGACAGCCAAGCGGCAAUGGAGUCGUGGGUCAAGGCAUUGUCGCGGGCCAGCUUCGACUACAUGAGACUGGUGGUCAAGGAGCUGGAGAGGCAGCUGGAGGAGAUCCAGGAGGCGGCCGGUGGAGGCCUACAGGGCAGGCCCAGGGCAUCCAAGCGAACGUCCAAAUCCAGAUUGUCGUCGUCGUCGUCCUCCUUGUCGUCGACGUCGUCCAGCUCUGGACAAAAGAACCACCAGGAUGAGGUCCAGCUCAUGUCCGGAGGUCCCAAGGAGAACGGUGUUGCCUGGAGCAAACCGCACCCCGUCUUGGCUAACGGUUCGUCUGAGGGGGCGUCUUCCUGCGUGGCCUGGGAAUGCGGGGCCGACUCCCUAAAUAACGGCUUGACAGCUCACGGGACCAACGGAGUCAGGGCUCCCCCGGUGCCCCCCAGAAGAAGAGGAGCGUCUCUCGAGAGCCCCUUCUCCCCCGUCACCGGAUGCUUCUCCAAGCUCCACGACUGGUACGGACUCGAGGUGGAGGAGCUGAGGGCCCAGUGGCUUCAAAGUCAGUGAACCCCUGGAGACGGAUCAAAUUUUCCAAGAUUAGAUCAUUCCGUUGUUCCGUUUUCCAGGGUUGAGGCGGAGACUGGAGGUGAUCCCCGAUGACUUACUGCUAAAAGCAGACUACACCCUGGAAGUUUGAAAUUCUGAUCACAAGCCACUUUUUAUACUGUCUGUAGAAGCCAGCAGUUUCCCAUUUUGUCGCUGUUCUGCAUUAACCACAACCGCAGAAUGGAGGAAUGAAGUCGACUCCAGCAUUUUUCUGCCUUUGGAGGUUGUAACCACAUUUAUGCUGCUUGCAAAAGAUGGCAUUUUGCUGCCUUUUUUCAGUGUCACCGUUUUGUCCAAACAGCACAGACACGGAAUGGGGUUUAAAGUCAUCCCAGGAAUUUCGCGCCUUUUGGAAGUGGUAGUCAGUUUUACACCAACUGUGCAAAAGCAGGUAUUUUUCUACCUUUUUGUGUCGCUGUUCUUUAUAAAUGGCACCGAAAUGAAAUAGUGGGGAGCAAAGUCAACCUGGCAUUUCCUUGUAAAUAGUCAUGCCUUUGUUAUGUAUAUGACACAGGCACGCCAUGGGAGUAUGAAGCAAUUUCAGCAUUUUUCCAUCUUUUUUAUUUUACUAGUUUCUGUGUAAACAGCACCGACACAGACUGGGGAGAAGUUGACCUGGCAAUUUUUUUGCUGUAUGGCGGUAGGAACCACUUUUACACUGGCUGUAAAAGCAGACAUUUUCCUGACUUUUUUUUCUCCAGUGUCACUGUUCUAUAUAAAUGGGAUCAAUACAGAAUGGGGAGAACAAAGUCGACUCAGCACUUUUCAGCCUUUUGAGAUUGUAGUCACUUUUUUCCACUGUCUGUGAGGGAAUUUUAUAAUAGUGGGACCAGAGUUUGAAGUUUAACACACACAACUAAUUUGUCCCUCCCUGUUGUGCAGUCCAAUGAAAUAUCAGACGUCAUCAAUUGAUCCAGCUGCAAUACGCUGCAGGGUUGGGGAUCGUUUGAAUUUGAGCGAUUCCGGUCCCGAUCCCGGUUCCUUAUUCCGGUUCCAAAUGAUUCUCGAUUCUGAUUCUUUUAGGGGGCUGGGCCAAAAAAGUUUGCGUGGUUUAAGUAAAGGGUGUCCAAAAUAUCAACAUCCAUUUUCUUAGCACCCCGCAGCAUAGACUAAAACAUUUGACUCCUGGUUCUUUAUAACCAGUAUCAUUAUGAAACCUAUGAACUAAAAGCCAAUGUGUGUGGAGCUAACCCAAUUUACUUAAUAUUCAUUAAUUAAUGUUUCAGCCGCCGGCACGGUCUUCGACUGGUUAGCAGAUCUGCCUCACAGUUCUGGGGACCGGGGUUCAAAUCCCGACCCCGCCUGUGUGGAGUUUGCAUGUUCUCCCGUGCCUGGGUGGGUUUUCUCCGGGCACUCCGGUUUCCUCCCACAUGCUAGGUGUGAAUGUGAGUGCGAAUUGUUGUUUGUCUCUAUGUGCCCUGCGAUAGGCUGGCGACCGGUUCAGGGUGUACCCCGCCUGAAGAUAGCUGGGAUAGGCUCCAGCAGCCUGCGACCUUCGUGAGGAUAAGCGGUAAAGAAAAUGAAUGGAUGCAUUAUGUUUCUGACGAAACUCAGCAUUUUGGCACAAAAAGUAAAUGACACCGAUGAUUUUUUUAAAUGAUUUUUUGAUUUUUGAUUUAUGAAUCGGACCAAAUGCUAUCAAACAUUCAUUCCUUUCCUCCUUUGCACAAUAUAAUCUUAUUCCAAGUGUUGCACUGAGGCGACUGAUCAUUAAUUUGAACAAAGUUAAGACGCACUUUUGUUCGGUGCUGUCGCCGUUGGUCACAAGCACGUCUUCGUUCUUCGUCGUAGGUUUUCGCCACUUCUUGUUCAGGAUCGCCGGACUAGGCAUCGAAACUGGGAACCAAAACUUUUAAAGUUGAACAAUUCCGCCAGAGCCGCAACAUUAGUCCCGGUUCAAAUCGAUUCUCGAUGCCCAACCAUAGUAUGCUGUGUGAAAUAUCCUGCUUCCUUUGAUUCUGUGUAAAGGCGGUAAAAUGCCGGUUCUUAGGUUAUGGGCUCUGAUCCGUGAACGUGGCUCCAGUGUCAUUGGAAGUGCCAACUGAGCAAUCAAGUCCAGUGAACUACGUAAAAAAAUUUACAAUACCAAUGGCGACUACAUCAUUCCUUGGCAACAAAUUCUUUGUUUUAUUAAUCAGUGAGGACAGUAUUUGUGAUUGAUUGUGCAUCCUGUCUGGCACAGGAGAAUCAGCUAUGAUGUAAAUAUGGGAUGAUGCAAACUAAAAUCACUUUUUUUCU